GAAACCGUCAGAACGACCUCGACCACAAAAACAAACCAAAAAACAAACAUGGAUCGCUGGACAAAUCGUGUUGCUGUCGUCACGGGUGCCAGCUCCGGAAUAGGAGCCGCCUGCUGCAAGGAUCUGGUCUCCAAGGGCAUGAUAGUGGUGGGUCUGGCCCGGCGCGAGGAUCGUCUCCAGGAGCUGAAGGACUCUCUGCCGGCGGACCAGGCCAAGCGCUUUCAUUUCCACAAGUGCGACGUCAGCGAGGAGCAGGAUGUGAUCGAUACCUUCAAGUGGAUCGACUCCACCCUGGGCGGAGCGGAUGUUCUGGUCAACAACGCCGGCAUCGUACGCCUCAAUGUGGGCAUCACACACGAGGGCAACUCUAAGGACCUGCGCGAUACCCUGAACACCAAUGUCCUGGGCGUGUCGUGGUGCACCCGGGAGGCCUUCCGCUCGCUCCAGGAGCGCAAAGUGGACGACGGACACAUCCUGAUCAUAAACAGUGUGGUUGGACACAAGAUUCCCGUAUCGUCGCAUUUCACCCUGGGUAUGUAUCCGCCCUCAAAGUACGCCGUGACGGCUCUCACGGAGAUCCUGCGACAGGAGUUCAUGAACAAAAAGACCAAGACCAAGAUCACGAGCAUUAGUCCCGGGGCCACGGACACGGAAAUCUUCGACAAGACCAUUGUCGGUGAUUUCCCCGAGGAUUUGACCAUACUGCGCUCCAAGGAUGUGGCCGAUGCGAUCACCUAUUGCAUCCAGACCCCGCCAAAUGUCCAGAUCCAUGAACUGACCAUCCGGCCAGUGGGAGAAACCAUCUAG